AGAAGAAAAAGGAUAACACAAAUUGGGGAAGUUGCAGCAAGAUGAUGUCGUUUGGCAUUGGAAUCUCUAUGAAUUGCUUCUCUUUGAGAAUGUCUCCUUCAUGUUAUGCACUUUCCCAUCUUUCACUGUCUUCUUCUUUUUCUCCAUGUUCUUCCUUCAACUCCAACAAGCUCAACUUGAUUCAAAAAGCAUCAUCUCAAGAAAUUCCUAGUGAAUUAGUUGAAGACUCAAAAUUUGUUCCUAUUAACUCUGAGGAUCCAAGUUAUGGUCCACCUGCCUUAUUGUUGUUGGGAUUUGAAGCAGAUGAAAUUUUCAAGAUUCGACAGUUUUUGAAAGAGUUAGAGGGUGAUUUUCUGAAGGUGAUCUAUUGUACCAAAGACAUGCUUACGCGAUCACUUUGGGAGGCAAUGCAUACAUCACAAGAGAGAUUGGAAGAUGUUGAGAUAGACAAGUCACUUCCUCGAAUAUGUUUCUUAUCUGGUUUAAGUGGAGAGGAGAUGAUGAUGUUUGUUGAUGCUUUCCAAGAAACCGGACUAAAGUCAGCUGCAUUUGCAGCUCUUGUUCCCAACAGUGCUGAUAAACCACUGUAUGAGUUGAUAGAAGAAAUCACUGGAGAUCAUGAGAUGUUGACUGGAGAACAGUUGUGAUAAAUUCCAAGUGAAUUCCAGUUUCAAGGAGAACACUUGCGAAGCAUACUCAUUAUCAAUAUGAAUGUACUUAGAUUUGAAGUAUAUAAAAACUAAGUUAUGUAAGUUAGCAAUUCAUUAUUUGCUCAAGGUAUAAUCUGUUUUGUUGUAGUAGCAGUCACUGUCAGAACUCGAUUCAUGAUAAUAUGCCUACUGGAACUGGAAACUAUAUAUAUAUCCUUUAACUGUUUGUUUCGA